AGGUGUAGACGCCUACGAGGUAAAACCCUCCAACCUAAAAUGGGUAACUUACCACCCCAACGUAUUACCCCCGACUAUCCUUUCUUGUCAGUCGGGCUGGACUUUGCUGGUCCUUUUACUAUCAUUAAUCGCAAGGGCCGUGGAAGUCGUUUGAUUAAAUGUUACUUGUGCUUGUUUGUCUGUCUUCGUUACAAGUGCAUCCAUCUCGAAGCCGUUAGUGAUUUAACUAAGGAUGCAUUCAUUAUGACUCUUCGACGCUUUAUAGCGCGCCGAGGCAGACCCACUGAAAUUUUUAGUGAUAAUGGGACUAAUUUUGUAGCUGCCGCAAAGGAAUUAGGGUCAUUUAUCAAACAAAACCAAGAACCUCUAUUUGAUUUUGCAAGCCAAAACCUUAUAAAGUUUAAAUUCAUUCCGGCUUACACUCCUCAUUUUGGUGGACUAUGGGAAGCCGGCGUUAAAUCGGCUAAACAUCAUAUAAAGCGCGUUAUCGGUAAUAGCCACCUCACCUUUGAGGAAAUUUCUACUUUAUUUACACAAGUGGAAUCUAUUUUGAAUAGUCGUCCAUUAUGUCCGUUGUCGUCGUGUCCCAAUGACCUUCUUUCCCUAUCCCCUGGACACUUUCUUAUCGGAAGGCCGCUAACUGCUCCACCAGCGCAAUACUUGGGCGACUCUAAGGAAAACUAUCUUCAACGCUAUGAACGCCUGGAAAAAAUACAGCAGCAUUUCUGGCAGCGAUGGCAGCGCGACUACAUAUCAGAAAUGCAGCAAAGAACUAAAUGGAAGAGCAACGCUGCCAAGCUGAGCGUCGGGGAUAUGGUGCUCCUGUCAGAAGAUAACGCUCCCCCUCUGUCAUGGAAGCUCGGUCGUGUUCUACGCCUCAUCACGGGAUCCGAUGGAAUAGCCAGAGUGGCAGACGUCACCACAAACAGAGGCUGUGUGCGCCGCUCUCUCGUACGUCUGUGUAAGCUUCCGACAGCCGAAGAGCUUCGAGGUUGAAAAGCGAGUUUUCAACGGCCGGGAGUAUGUACAGGCUUUGAAAGCCUAUAUUCAAAAUAGAGUGUUAAGUGUGUGUCGUGAACUUUGCGUAAACCAAUCGGCAGGCGUUUAUAGUACAUGGAACAAUUUUAAUUGUCAUCGCUCACUUCAAAUACGAGCUCUGUACAAGUAACACCUUUUUUUAUUAAAUUAAUUUUGCAUAUA